AAUAAAUAAAACAGGAAAUGUACUUCGUACAAUACACGGUCAUAGAAGGAAACUCCACUGAGUUGACACUAUUUUUGAUUUAUCCAAUUCAAGGUUUUAAAGAAAUCAGUCACAAACAGCUUCUAUUAUAACGUCACGUUAUCGAGAGCGCCAUCGCUGUUCAUGCUUCGCUUGAUCAGUGUCGGGCGGUAGCGAACGUCGAGAAAUUCUAACUUCCUGUUGGAACGGAACUUUCUUCUGGAUUCUUACACGCAAUUGGAUUAAAAUCAUACAUGAUAUUGGAUUAAUAUUUGUGUCGAAUUUGGGAUUCUAAGGAUUCGAUCAUAAAAUGUAAAAGGUGAAAUUGGGAAAUACAGAGACACGCUCCACAGAUGAUCUUCCUCAGGAGGUGCAGACCUAGUUUUAGAAUUUCUCGAAGAUAUUGGAAAUGUGGGAUUCUAUUUUCAAUCGUGUAUGCUGUGAUUGAAGUGAUAAGGAUAUUUUUCGUUAAGAAUAUCACAAUCUGUGUGAUGCCGCCCCCAGUGACCACCACGCCCCCCACGACGCCGCGACCCCCUAACAACUACUCGUAUCCGCUGGAUGUGAACUUCAUCAAGUUGCUGGAAGACAUUGAAGCCAAUCGUCCGAUUGCUUUCGAACCAAUUAAUGUGCAUGGAUUUAACUACAUCUCAAAUCCGGAUAGUAUAUGCAAUGUGAAAAAUUUGCGAAAAACAAGGAAUCCGUUUUUCCUACUAAUUUUGAUUAAAAGUUCCAGGCAUAAUUUUCAUCUACGACAAAGUAUUAGGUGGAGCACGCGGCAUAAACGGUUUAGGAAGUGGAGAAAACGUGUUCGAAUAGUGUUCUUGUUGGGAUAUUCAUUCAAUGAAACCAACGAUGAGAUUUCUAAGGAGAGUGCUAUUUUCAAAGAUAUAGUACAAGAAGAUUUCUUAGACGCUUACCGAAAUUUAACUCACAAGACCAUAAUGGGAUACAGGUGGGCCACAAGGUAUUGUCCAGUAGCCACGCAUAUACUCUAUCAGGAUGACGACUUCCACUUCAACGUAGAGAACGUGUUUAGUUACCUUCAACAGCAUGACGACCCAGACUCCGUGUAUCUCGGAUAUUACAUUGAGGACUCGGAGCCGGAUAGGCACAAUACGAGUAAAUAUUACGUGUCAUUUGAGGUUUAUCCUAAUCGUUAUUAUCCGCCUUAUUUCCCCGGGGGUGCCUAUUUCAUCAGUAUGCACAUUGCUCAGAAGUUUGUGAAGGUUUUUCCGUACGUCAAACAUAUGGCUAUUGAUGACGUUUUCCUAGGAAUAGUGGCCUACAAGCUGAACAUCACGCUGCACAAUUCCGAUCUGAUAGCGUUUAAUGGAUGUCAGAAUUUCACGGAUAUUAUUUCUUGUAGGGGAUACUCCAGUGUAGACGAGGUUUUCACAGGUUGGAAAGACUUUAUUUCAGGCUUAGGGAUUUUCAAAAGUGCAUCAUUGAUGUUUUCCAUAGAAGACGCAUCUAGCACGGACUCAAAAUUACCUUCCAAAAUCGUAGGUCACUAAUGAUUAAGUCGUUACAGCUAUUCAGCAUUUUUCCUAUAACAAACGGAUCAUGAUCCCAUCUUCCAAGGUCAUUGGAGUCAUGACCUUUAGAACGAACGAGGGCGGUAUCUGUUCUUUCUUGAUUAACGUAACCGGUAGAUUAUAUAUUUACAACAAAAUCAUGAAAAUGGUAAGCAUUUACAAAAUUCCGAUAUAUUAUCCUCACCAUCGGAGUCUAAAGCUGAAUGAUAAAGCUAUUUUACUUUGAACAACAUUUUUGAUAACUCGGAAUCGACAGCAGUGUGAGUAAAACGUGUCACCCACCCGGAAUGACAGAUACCGCUUGAGUCGCUGUCCGUCGCUAAUGACGCUGCAGACGAGGGUUUCACUGAAUCCCGACGCGCUGUACCAACACUGAUGCUGCACUGAAUCCGGACGAGUUGUGUCAUCACUUCACUCGUCUGGGGAGGAACAUUAACCGCCAAAGUUAAGAUUAAGAAUUGAUGCUUUAUUUUUCAUUAGUGGGUACAUAUUUUUUUUGUUUUUGUUUUUGUGUUUGGUCGUACGAUUAUUAUGUCGAUCGAUAUUUGAAUGGCGAGGUUUUGAAAGUAAACUCAAUGACCUAUUCAAGUAUUUAGCAAAUUAGUUUCAAUGAAUUAUAAUUCUUAACCGUAUUUAAUAGUCCUGUGACACGUUUGACGCAUGAAUGGUGAGGUUUUGAAAUCAAUACCUAUGACCUGUCUGCGUUUUCAUAUUUUUUACACAAAUUAUUUUAUGUAUUAGUAUGAUAUCUUUAUAUGUGAACUGAUGAAUUACCGGGGAGAUUGCCAUCAUUGAUGUUUAAAUGGCGAGGUAUUUCACCUAUGACCCAUCUGUAUGUUUAGUCAAUUGGGGUGGAUGAUGUUCGAAAUGCUGAAAAGAAGUAUAUUAACUUGAACCGAUGUUGGCAUAUACAUGUAUUUAACUCAUUGUUAAAAGAUAAUUUCGAUGCUUGUCUGGAGAGAACGCUGAACAUACAUGACAAUCUCCCAAAAAAGAUAACUUUGGGCAGCUCUAGGCAUUUUAGAUAGGAGUUUUAUAGGUUUAAUAAUUAUUUGCGUGAUGUAUUUAUAAAAGUUAAAUGACCUGUGUGUUGUGGUGGCAAAAUGUCAAAUGUAGCUGUAGUGCAAAAUUGGAGAGCGCUGCGAGUACGCAUAAUAGAAAAUAACAGUAACAUCCGCACCCUUGUGUUUGAUCCGCACCUUGACAGUGGCGGAUUUAGACGGGGCGCAGCCGCCCCCCCCCCCCCCCUAAAAUUUUCAAAUUUAAGGUAAAUCGCGGUAUCUUGUUUCGGAAAAUGUACUAAACGAUAGAAAAAGCAAUGAAUAAAUGAUAAAAUCCUUUGAUUUCUUGAAUUACUUUAUUGAGAGAACCUAAUUUUUCCCAAAACCCCCUUAAAGUUUGGGUUAUUUUAUUAAUUUCACCUUAUUAAAAUGAUAGAAAAUAGUAGAAAUGACUUAAUAGGAGAAAUAUUUCAAGCCCCAUAAAAUCCAGGAGUUUCCGGGGGCUUCCUGGACCCACAGCCUCAUAAAGUGGCAAACACAACAACCAUAUGAACCACAAUUCCUGGAUCCGCCCCUGCUUGGUGUUAGUUUCUGAACGUAGUGAAGGAUACUCUUUCGGAUUUUAUCUUAUAUGAAGCUAGUCUGAUUAUACAUAUUAUAGAUAUAUGAUUACAAGCACUGUAAAUUUUAUAUACGCAUGAUAAUCAGUAAUUUUAAUUAGUACAGCCUUAAAAAGGUCCUAAAGAUGGAGGUCAGUUGCACCAUCUGAAGCAAGCGUGAUUUAUGCUGUAUCAUCAAAGUCACCAUUCCAUGCAAGUUUCUUCACUUUAGAAUGCAAUUUAGGACACUUAUGUAACAUGCCCAAGUGUACAUACGUCGUCAUCCACGCAUGUGUAAAUGGCAUCGCUGUCAAAGAAGACCCCCCCCCCCCCCAAUACAUGUUACAUAUCUUUCUGAAAUAUAUACAGGUACAGCAUUCUUGAAUUGAGAAUACCUGGAUACUCAUCUGAAGACUAUAUAUGAGGCAUGGUAGAUGUUAUACAAAUACAUAUAAGUCUAGAUGAGGAUUGCAAGUUUAGAAAUAUCACUAAAUAUUGAGCGAUUGUACAUGCAGUUUUCCGUAUUGUGCAAUACAAACAGUAUUACAGGCACUCACUAGUAGGUGCAAUCAACAUUAUGCACAAAAUUGUAGGAUAUAAUGCUAUUCAUUUAAAGUAUAGGAGGUAGUAACAAUAAAAACGUUAGCUUUUAAAAGGUAUUUUCCGACUACUAGCCAUAUGUGGGAAAAGAGGAAAUAUUGCCCUACAAGAACGUCUGCUUGCUUUUAAUCGAUGGGAUGUACAUGUACAGCGUUCAACGAAAUCAAUGGUCUGAAAUUGUGACCGACACAGCUGUGACAUCAACAUCGUCUCCUCCGCGGGGGUUAGUAAAAGUUCAGAUAUCAAUUAGGUAGUUUCUAUGCAUAGGUGAUAUUUAUGCAAAUUAAUCAGAGUCAGUUUUUAAGACAAGGAGUAGAUUUAGAUGAAGAUUUCUUUGAACCAUGCGCUUGGUUUUCUUUUCACCCACGUGCAGAUUCUACAACACUAUAUUUAUUUUGUGUUGACCUUGGAAUAAUUAACCCACUACAAAAGGAAGAGAUAGAAAUGAAUUUUCUAACACAAAAUUUACCGACUUUAAUUCAAGUCAAUCAAUAUCAACAAGAAUGUUGAUACUGUUUCAGGCAACCCCCUUUUUGGUUGAAAAUUAUAAACAAAUAUGUCAUUAGCCAUAUUGGGGUCUUCACUCCCUCUCAGCGCCUCCUUUUUAGGGGAAGGGGCAGAAAGUGUACCAAAUUGGGUCGUACUUCCCUCCCCCCUUUGAAAAUUUCAGGAUCCGCCCCUGGGUUAUAAUAUUGAUGAACGAAGUCACGUGUAGUGUGUGUCGCUGAAAUUGUUUUAAAUAUUGAAAUGUAGACAAAUUCCCAAACUUUUCAUCCGUCCAAUUUUAUGAGUUCAGGUAUCGGAGUGAAUUCUGCAAUAUUAUUCAUUAUCGACUUCUUUGCUGCGUACAUGUGGGUAUGCACUUUUGUGAUAGUUUGUUUUUCAUACAAUGAAUUCUAAACCACUUGGAGGGCCUUUUUAUACUAAGCUAUAAUGCUUUAAAAUCAUUUAUGUUAACAAAGCAAUAAUCCUUAAAUUGUGUGAAAUACAUUUAUUAGUAUUUAGUGUACACUUGUACAUAUCAAGACAGUGGCGGAUCUAGAGGGGAGUUUUGGAGGCUGCAACCAAUCCCUCCCUCCCCCUCCCCCCCCCCCCCCCCCCACCACCACUUUUGUUUGCAAAUUUAAAACCAAAAAUGGUAUCUUUUUGUCAUUUGGACUCUUCGCCCCCCCCCCACCCCCUUUUCAAAAGGAGUAGUAGAAACCUGGGUCACACAUCCCUUUGAAAGAUGUCUGGAUCCGCCACUGCAUGAUAUUUAUAUAAAUGAGAGUCUCGACAUGCUUGUGAUAAUCCAUAUAGAUGUGUAUGUAAGUACAGAGGCAUUUAUUUUCACGUGUGGAUGAUGAAUGUAUGGAAAUGAAGGUUUUUAUUUAUUGCAUUGUUCAAUGUAUAACUAGAGAUGAUGUUAUUCAUGAACUGCGUGUGUGUCGGCGGACAUGUUUUGUAUGAAUGGAAGGCUCAUGGGGUGACUAGUCUGCACAUUAUUAUUUGCACAUUAUUAUUUCAGAGAGAGAGAGAGGGUUAUGAAUUCCAUUCGCCCAGUAAGACUACAAUGUGUAAUCGGACUGUUAUGUUGCUUUUUAUUAUAUGUUUUAAGAUUUAUAUUUUUUCAUAAAAUCAUAUCUAUAUUAUGCUCAAAGCCUUAGAUAAAUUCUUUUUUACGGAU